CCUGGAGUGAGCCUCAUUGCAUCGCGAGACGCCCGCACGUUUACGCGUACUACUCCCGUCGCUCCGGUUUUCACGAGGAGGGCUCGGCGUGUCGUGUUUGUGUGUGUGUGUUUGUGUGCGCCCGCGCGCGCGCGCGCGUGUAUAACUUCGUUCUCUUUUAUUUUGCUUUGACUCUCGGGGAGCGGUGUCUGGCUUCCGUUUGUUUUCUUAUCUCGAGCCGCGAAUCGUCCCCGUCGCUCUGUGUGAAUAUGGAUACAAAUCAGGCGCCUCUUUCCCCGCCGGCCUCGCCCCAAUUAAAACAUAUGGAACCGCUACAGUUGUCGUUCAGCGUUGCGGCUCUGCUGGGGGAGAAGCUUUCGGACCAGUCGGCGAGAUCUAAUAAGCGGAAGGACGAAGAGGACGCGGGUUCCCAUCCCGUUCUACCGCCCACCCCUCAGCCCUCCGACUCGGAGGAGGAUGAACCACCCCAGAAGCGACGGUGCGUCGAGCAGUGCGAGCUGGCGAAGCUGCUGCUAGACGGCACGCCGCCGCCGAGCCCAGAGCCAGCCCGGGUCUCGGUGAUAAUGCGCGCCAAUCGAGACGGCACCUGCAGUCCGGCCAAUCUCGCUGGGUGCCCCGCGACCAGCGGCCAACUGGUACCACGUGAUUCGCCCGCGCGACAGCCGCCCAGUUCGCGGGCGAACGUGCGAGCGAGCGUAACGGGACCGGUGGAGGACGUGCUGCGUAGCCUGAAGUUCAAGAUGAGCUUGCGCAAGGAAGAAAUUAUUGUGAACAGCAAGAACACCGAUCGCGAGAGCUGCCCGCAGCAACAUCAUCAUCAGCAGCAGCAGCAGCAGCAGCAGUAUCAGCAGCAAUUACCGAGAUUGCAACCGCUGGCGCCCAAACCCACACCCAUCGUGGUAGCGAGCUUGCUGGGCUCGCCUCUGGUCCUACCGCGAGCGCCCCUUCUGCUGGUCGCCAACGCGGCGUCGACCGUGACCACCGCGACGACCGCCGCGGCGAUGAGCGUAACGGGGCCGGUGGAGACGCGGCGCCGCGUCUACGAGUGCGAGCACCCGGGCUGCGGCAAGAACUACUUCAAGUCGUCGCACCUGAAGGCCCACACGCGCACCCACACCGGCGAGCGGCCGUUUCCGUGCCCGUACGGGGAGUGCAGCCGUCGCUUCUCCCGCAGCGACGAGCUGUCGCGGCACAAGCGCACGCACACCGGCGAGAAGAAGUUCGCCUGCGCCGUCUGCCAGAGGCGAUUCAUGAGGAGCGAUCAUCUGGCGAAGCACGUGAAACGCCACGCCAGGGACAAGUCCUCCCCCGCGUCGUCCUCCCCGAGCGGCCAGAUCGUGGGCGCCACCCCGGCUCCGCUGAGGGUGAGUUUGCUGCCGGUGUUGGCGCCGCGGCUGACGCGACCCGUUCAACAGCUGGUACCACCUCAGCUGGCGGCUUGAAGGACGCGCUCGCGAUUGCCGAAAUCGCUCGAUCGAGAAUUCCACUCUGCCGCUCCCUCACGUGUGCGUGCCUUGAUCAGAGUCGGAUUGCAUUGCUUCUAGCAACGUGGAGAGCAACAAAAAACAAAACUGGGCUGAUCUGAUAAAUUAAGAGAAUGUUAAAAACAAGAAAUUAAAAUAGCUAAUUUUAAAAAUUAUAUUUGUACUAUGAAAAAUGAACAUUUUGAUUUGGUGACGUUAAUUGGAAAAAAAAUGUGACGGCGAACUUCGACCUGACAUUAAUCUGAUCAAUUGGAAGGGUGUGUUAUGAAGAGGGUUUCGAUGUUUCAAGAUGAGAUUACUGGAAGUAAGUUUUUUUUUUACACUCUCCACGUGUGGAACCAAUCGUGCUAAGCGAGAAGGGCAGAGUGAGCCGUAAAGGGGUGGGCGAGCGAAGACACGAGGUCGACGAUUGGUCUAUCGCGCAAGGAUGGGACCCCUUGUUGUCGUCCUCAAACCGAGUACCUAAAUGUGUCUGUGAUCUGUGACAUGCAAAGACAAGUGUGUCGUACACUCGAGAGUUCUGCUGUCUCACGAGUCACUUGCGGAGAGUCGGACUCUCUCAUUCGCGGCUUACAUUCAGUUGUUAAAUGCGGCCGCGCCACAUGCUUUUCACUUCGGAACAAUAUGGAAUGUGAUCACCGCGUUGAACAAAUUGAACAUGGACAGUCGCAUUUGACGCAACAUAUGGGACACGAGAAUUUAAAAUUUCUAAAAAAAUAAAGGGUACCGUUUAAAGUCGCUCGAUUCUUCGCUGAUCGGCGAUUCUUCAUGUAGACAAUAUAGAGAUCUAAAAGUUAUUCGAAAGACCGAGUAUUUUCUUGGAUAUUCUUUGACUCGUUUUAGAUUUUUCUAUCGUUUCACACGCGCGGAUGUACAUAUAGAGCUGCUCUUGGUGAACGGAGAUCUUUAGGAUCAAGCUUGAGCGCGUUGACCGAGAGGCAGAAAGAAAGAAAAAAAAAUAUUUAUUUAUGAGGAGACAAGACACUAUUGAUUUAUGUAUAUAACUUACAUGUACAGGCUUCUAAGAUAAGGAUCGCGCUAACGAGAUUAGUUGUAUAUAUUAAUUAAUAUGGAUAAUGUAGGUGUGGAUGCAAUGCCGUGUUGACGUUUCAAUAUUGGUGCUGUUGAUUAUUAAAAGUUGUAAUCUGUUUUUUUUUUAGCUAUUUGAAAUAUCAGUUUCUUCUGCCAGAGUUUAUUUCAUGUUUCAUAUACUUUAAGGAAUAGAUUGUGGUUGAUGUAAUUUGUAAAAUAUUGCAUCCGCUCCUGGGACCGCACAGCGUGUGUAUAUAUGUAUAUGUAUUUGCGUAUCACAGUCAGGUGAAGAAACUUCGCUUGGCGGCAUAAGACUUCAGUGUAUCGUUGAACUGUAUAUAAAAGUUUUUCUACACUUAAAUAAAUUGCAUACUUUCGUAAAUCA